AUGGCACCUCCUGAAACAGAUAAUUCAGUUAUUAAUCCUCUUUCUGAAGAAUUAAAUCUUAACGGAGAGCCUAUGAUCGUUACUAAUGAAAAAGAACAUUAUCGUGAUGAUACUCAAAAGAUUGUCUUAAAAAAACCAGAUACACCUAAAGCUAUCGUUUUACAUGCAGUCUUUGGAGGCUUGAGAUCCUAUUUAAUUGCACAUGGAAUUCGCGGUGGAGUAAAUUUUUUGUUGAAUUUAUUAACACUAUUUCGCAAAAGGAAAGGAACUAUCGUACGAGCAAUCACUCGUGGAUUCUUUGGUCCUGAUGCAAUUCGAUUCGGUGUAGCAUUUGGUGGAUUCUCUUUCUUGUGGAAACUUAUCAAUAAUAGCUUGCGAUAUAUUAGAAAAAAAGAUGAUAAAUGGAACGCCUUUGUCGCUGGGUCCAUUGCCGGAAUAUCAGUAGUAGCAGAAAAGCGAGAGAGAAGAAUAGCGAUCGCACAACAAAUGUUUGUACGUGCAAUCCAAGCUCUUUAUAAAAGUGGUCGUACGCGAGAAUAUUUUGACAUCCCUCAUAUAGGUGUUGUUCUCUUUGCAUUAUCUUGCGGUCAAGUUCUUUAUGCAUACACGAUGCAACCUACAACCAUCCCCCCAGAUUUUUUAAAAUUCAUGAUUAAAACCGCACGUGUUCCAAAAGACACUUUGGACUUGAAUUUAAAACAUGUUCGUGGAGAGAGCAUAACUUUAGAUGAUGCGUUGCGCAUCGUAACAAAGGGCAAGGGAACAAAAAAUGCGUUUGAGGUAGCAUCAAAUUUGCCACCUAAUCCAAUAACACUUCCCUGCGAACUAGUGCAUCCUAAAUUUGAUUCAUGUAUAUAUACAACUAGUGAAAGAUUUCUCCGAGUGUUUAAAACAAUUUGCCCUGUUUACGCUACACUCAACAUCGUACCAAUUCCAUACACUUUAAUUAGAAAGUGUGUGCAAAAUACGGUUCGGUCAAGUACCUUUCUUGCAGUAUUUGUGUCAACUUAUCAAAGUCAAAUCUGCAUUCAUCGCAAUCUUGUUAAAAAUAUUGGUUUAAAUUUUAAUUCCAAAUAUUUAUAUUGGCUUACUGGAGUGAUUUCUGGACUUACGAUCUUAAUUGAACAUAAAAAUAGAAGAAGUGAUUUGACAGUAUAUGUUGUACCUAAGGCUGUAGAAAGUUUGUACAAGAUCAUGUGCCAAAAGAAUUGUAUUUUUGAGUUACAUAGAACUGCCGAAAUUUGGUUUUUCUCAGCGGCCAUGGGAGCAUGCUUCCAACAUGAACCAAAAGUUAUAAGUCCAAUGACAAAAACUCUUUUGCGUGGAUUUUUUGGAAACAAUUAA